AUGGGUGUUCUUACCGCUACUUCGCACCAUGUCACCGUCGCCCCGACCUCUGCAAACACUGCUACUGUCGGAGCCCUUACCCACACCCCAGCUCAACAAGUAGCUACCCUGUCACCCUGCCAGCUUGCCAGCAUGCCUAGCCCGGCACCAGUUAGUAGCAGCAAUCCAGCAGGGGUUGGCCAUGCUUCCGCCAUUGCUGUUGGGUCUAGUGCCUGUGCGGGACUAAUCUCAAGAGCGUCUACAGAUAGACUUUUUAACUCCGUACAAGCCGGUAUCCCACCAACAGCAGUUUCAGCUAAUUUUCCCACAUCUGUUUCGGUGCCAAUAGAUGCUAUUAUUGGGCACCAUGGUCAGCACCAUCACCCAGGACAUGCAUACAAUCCUCCUGCUUCCGGCCCCAGUAUUCAUGAACAUUCUACCAUCGCCGGGAUCGCUGCAGGAUCGUUGCGCCUCAUUUCACAUCCGAUUGCCAUGACCGCAGCCGCCAGCUCUUCCGGUCCUGGGACUCCUGUCACUUUCGCCCUUGUUCCUUCCAGCUUAGCUGGACCAACUACGGCAUUCGUAACCAAUUGUCUCCAGACGCCAAUUACCGCGAACCCGUUAGCCUCUAGUCUACAUGAUUUUGCGACACGACAUCGAGCCCAUUUUUCUGCAGAAACAGCCAGAGCGGUGCCACCCACUUGUAUUGGGAUUUACGGACCACAUCAUUCCUCGCCUGCUGCUGUGGUGACUAGUCAUGUGUCUGCACCCGUUUCGUUAAGUCUUAAUGCCGGAACCACUAUCACUUCGGCUGCUGGAAACUUAGUAUACCAUCAUCAUCCACAGGGUCAGACAGCUAUUCCGCAUCUGACCGGACACGCCUUUAUCUCGCCACACCAUUCCUUGAUUCAGCACCAUGCUUCGCUUCAGGAGGCUCAAGCGGCACUUCCCCAGCAGUUACAGCAGCAACACUUUUGUCGCCAACCUGCUACUGGAGCCCAUGUUAUGGUGACUGGGGCCCUGAUUAAGACAGGUCAUCCCUGA